AUGUCAACAAUCGGCACAACAACAAUACAAACAACAGCACCAAACUCGUUAGUUAUGAAUCCAACAUCUAUGUUAGUAGAAAUGAAAAGCUUCAUUCCUUCUUCAUAUACUUUCGAAACAGAAAUCCAGAAGAUAAAGCAAGAACUUUUAACAAGUAAUUUAGACUGUAGUGCGAAAGAUGAAACAAAUGAAGAAUAUCUUU